AUGCACCAUGGGAAUGGACCUCAAAAUGCGCAACGCCAACUCCAAAGGUCCCGCUCCUUCACCGGCAGCGAGAGCGAAGAUCAGCAAGCGAAUCUGCCGCAGUCCCCUGCGGCGUCCUUUGCUCCUUCCGCCAGCCCGUCUGCACCACAGUCUCCCAGUUACCAAAUCCAACAGUUCAUAAUGAGCAGAAGCCCCGUGGCCGGCCAGAACGUUAAUAUCACCCUGCAGAACGUUGGAUCGGUAACUGCAGGAAACCAGCAGAUCACGCUUACCCCUCUGCCGAUCCCAAGUCCGACAUCCCCCAGUUUUCAAUUCAGUCCUCAGCAGAGGAGGUUCGAGCAUGGAUCGCCCUCCUAUAUCCAGGUUACUUCGCCGCUGCCCCCCCAGGUCCAGUCUCAAAGCCCCACGCAGCCCAGCCCUGUGCCCGUUCAGUCCUUAUCAAAUGUUCGGGCGGGUACCCCCGGGCCUGGUUUGGGCAUGUGCAGCCAGAGUCCAACGCGAGGCUUCGUGGAUGCCAGCGUGCUCGUCAGGCAGAUCAACUUGAGUCCUUCGAAUGGCGGGCACUUUGUGUAUCAGGAAGGAUCCGGGAUCGCCCAGCUCUCUCAAGGGACUGCUGCUCAGGUGCAGCUUUCCUCUCCCGGAGCGCCUGCAACGGUGAGAGAGCGCAGGCUGUCGCAGCCCCACUCACAGACUGGAGGCACCAUUCACCACCUUGGACCACAGAGCCCCGUGGCCAGCGGGGCAAAUAUCCAGCCUUUAUCGAGCCCCGGUCACAUUACGACGAACAACCUGCCGCCGCAAAUUAGCAACAUCAUCCAAGGCAUGCAGCAGCAGCAGGUCCUGCAGGGGCAGCAGCUGAGCAGGCCCUUGGGGUACGACCGGACUCCUGGCAGCCUGAUCGCUGGUGUGGGUGGGCCACCGACGUUCGGGAUGACAUCGCCACCCCCUCCCACGAGCCCCUCCCGAGCCAGCAUGGCGCAGGGGCUGACGAGCCUCCCCCUUGCCCCUUCGGUGUGCGCGGUGGUGAAGAAGCACAAGAAGCUGGAGGAGAUCCCCCCCGCGACUCAAGAGACCGCUCAGAUGAGGAAGCAGUGUUUGGAGCACCACCUCAAGCAAAUGGAGGUCUUGAAAGAAACUUUCAAGGAGUACCUGAUUGAGUUGUUCUUCCUGCAACACCUUCAAGGGAACAUGAUGGACUUCUUGGCGUUUAAGAAGAAGCUCUGCAUGCCGUUGCAAGCAUAUCUGCGGCAGAAUGACCUGGAUUUGGAGGAGGAGGAGGAGGAAGAGCAAUCUGAAGUUAUCAACGACGAGGUAAAGGUUGUGACAGGAAAGGAUGGGCAGACUGGUACUCCUGUUGCUAUAGCAACCCAGCUUCCUCCAAAUGUUUCUGCUGCUUUUUCAACACAGCAGCAACCAUUUCAGCAGGUGCAUGCAGGGGCUCCGGUAACAGGAACUGUGAAUGCCAUAGAAAUUGAAGCUUUUAAGAGACAGCAAGCACUUUCUUCAGCAGAUUCGUCUAAGAGACCACGAAUUGAAGUGGGCCGUCAUGGGAUGGUUUUUCAGCAUCCAGGUGUGGCUUCAGGAGUCCCUCUUCAACAGCUCAUGCCAACAGCGCAAGGUGGGAUGCCUCCCACCCCUCAAGCGGUGCAGCUGACGGGGCAGAAGCAGAGCCAGCAGCAGUACGACCCUUCCAAAGGCCCCCCGGUGCAGAACGCAGCGAGUCUGCACACACCCCCGCCGCAGCUGCCAGGCAGGCUGCAGCCAGCCAACGUGCCCCUCACCUCUCUCCCAGCCGCCCUGCAGCUGACCCAGCAGCAACCUCAGGUCACAGAGGCGCCGGUCCAGCCUCAGGUUCAUGUGAAGGCCCCGCCUCAAACGAUCUCCGUCAGUGCUCCUGUGCCACACAGCCAGGUUCAAACACCACUGCAGCAGCAGGUGCAGCCAGUGGCGCAUGUCCAGGGCCCUGUCGCAGCGCAAAUAUCCCAACCACAAGCUCCAGUCCAGCAGCAGACUGUGACCCCGUCAAGAGCCUCUGUCGACUCUGUCCAAAGUUCCCAGCGUCUUCCAGCAAGCACCCUUCCUCCUACCUCAUCCAACCCACCGGCAGUCAUUUCCACCACUGCGCCGCAAUCCACCUACCCAGCCCAGGCCAGCCGGGCCUCACCAGCCACGAACAAGUCUGUGUCUCCUAUCUCCUCGAAACCCCCGGGUUUGGCAGUGACCGCAGCACCCAAGGCCCAGAGUCCAGCUCAGAAUACGACGGUUCUGCCACAGGACAGUUCCCAAGAGAAGUUGGCAGAGCAAGUUAAACUGGAAAACCAAGUCCACCAACGAAUAGCAGAGCUGAGAAAAGAGGGGUUGUGGUCUCUGAGACGGCUGCCCAAGCUGCAGGAGGCCCCCAGACCCAAAUCUCACUGGGACUACCUUCUAGAGGAAAUGCAGUGGAUGGCGACUGACUUCGCACAGGAGCGGAUGUGGAAGAUGGCAGCGGCUAAGAAGAUGGUCCGAACUGUGGCUCGCUACCACGAGGAAAAGAAGCUUAACGAAGAGAGAGCCAAGAAAGAGGAGCAGAACAAGCUGAGGCGUAUCGCUGCAUCGAUUGCCAGAGAAAUUGAAUAUUUCUGGUCCAAUAUUGAACAGGUUGUUGAAAUAAAGCUGCAGAUCGAAUUUCAGGAGAAAAGAAGGAAAGCCUUAAAUUUAAAGAGGCAUUCAAGGCGAGGCAAAGAUACAAGGCACCUGGAAGAAAUUCUGUUGGAGAAAGAAAGUGAUUUGGGUUCCUGGUCAUCGGGAAGGAAGAGAAAGGCAAGCACGUCGUUGACAGAUGACGAAGUUGAAGAUGAAGAGGAGACCAUUGAAGAGCAAGAAAUGAAAGAAGGAAAUAUAAACCAUCAGAUGGAGCUGUCCAAUUUGGCCAAGGAAGCUGAACUGCCUUUGGACGAUUUGGUCAAGAUGUACGAAGGUGCCUUUGCUGAGAGUUUCCACUGGCCCCAGCCAAAGCGGGACAACGAGGAAGAGACCAGUGAAGAAGAAAUGGAAGACCACACCAGUGAGAGGGAACUUCUUCCGAAGGAGAUCAUUCUGAUAGACUCCCUCCUCAGCAUUGAUCAGUAUAAGGGUGCAGAGAGAGUGAUGCCUACCAAGAAGCACGGAAGAGACAUAGCAGAAGUGGCGGCUGCAGCUGAAACCCUUUUGCCGAAAGGCAGUGCCCGGAUUACAACCGCAGUGAAAUACAACACCCCGCCUCUUCUCUAUGGCUCCCUUCGAGAGUAUCAGAAGAUCGGCUUAGAUUGGCUGGCAAAGCUGUACAAGAAGAACCUCAACGGCAUUUUGGCAGACGAGGCCGGCCUCGGGAAAACGGUGCAAGUCACUGCAUUUUUUGCGCAUCUGGCAUGCAACGAGGGCGAUUGGGGCCCUCACCUUGUCGUCGUUCGGAGCUGCAACAUAUUAAAGUGGGAGCUUGAACUGAAACGUUGGUGCCCUGGGCUGAAAAUCCUUCUCUAUAUCGGCAGCCAGCGAGAGCUCAGAGCAAAGAGACAGGAAUGGUCAGAACCCAACAGCUUUAACGUCUGUAUCACCUCCUACAAGCAGCUUUUCAAAGGCCACCAGGCGUUCAUGAAAAUGCGGUGGAAAUACCUGGUCGUCGACGAGAUGCAGCAGAUCAAGAACAUGACCGAGAAGCACUGGGAAGCCCUCCUCUGUCUCCGCAGUCAGCACCGUUUGCUCCUGAUAGACACGCCUCUGCACAACACCUUGAUGGAGCUGUGGACCAUGGUGCACUUCCUGAUUCCGGGGAUCUCCAAAGCUUACCUGGAUUUCCCAGUGAAGGCGGCCAAUGAGGAGAAUCAGGACUACUGCCACAAGCUGGUCAUCAGGCUGCACAGGAUGAUCCAGCCAUUUAUUUUGCGAAGGUCUAAAAGGGACGUCGAGAAGCAGCUGACGAAGAAAUACGAGCACGUGCUGAAGUGUCGGCUUUCAAACCGGCAAAAGGCCAUGUAUGAAGAUGUCAUAUUGCAGCCGGGAACUCAAGAUGCCCUUAAAAGCGGGCAUUUUGUCAGCGUCCUUCACGUUCUGAUGCAACUCCAAAAGAUCUGCAAUCACCCUGACUUGAUAAAUCCCCGGCUUUCCAGCUCUUCAUAUGUCUCAGACACGUUGCAGUUUCGAACCGCCUCGCUGGUCUUGAAAGCGCUCGAACGUGACCUUUGGAAGGACACAGACCUGAGCCUUUUUGAUUUGAUCGGGAUCGAGAACCACAUGACCCAAUAUGAGUCGCAGGUGGUGCCGAAGCAAAAGGUCACCCGGAAAAUCAUUGAAGAAAUCUACACCUCUCCUCCCCCUCCCCCAAGACCCAAUCCGGUAAAGCUGAAGCCCAGCAGAUUAUUCCAACCUGUUCAAUAUGGGCAGAAGCCCGAAGGCAGGAUUGCAGCGUUUCCAAGUGCUCAAGUGCAACGUGCAGCAACCACGGCAACGGUGGCUCAGCAGGGACAAGUGAGGGGAAGGUCACCCGUGGCUACGGUGUCUGCAAAUCAAGCUGCCGCCGCCGCACCCCAGUUUCAGACCUCUCAGGCUUCCGCCAGUGCUCCAAGACAGCAGGCAGCAGCGACCUUCGCCACGGCAGCUGGCCCGGCCCAUCCGGCCAAACCGCGGGCUCAGACCACUGUGCAGGCCUUACAGCUAGGCCAGGCCCAGCCGCAGGCCCCCGCCACGCACACCAUCCAACAGAGUGUGCUGCCUCAGAGGCUGGUAUUGACCUCUCAGGCCCAGGCACGGUUGCCUAGCGGCGAAGUGGUCAAAAUAGCCCAACUGGCUUCCAUUGCAGGGGCGCAGGGACGGAUCGCGCAGCCGGAGACACCCGUGACGCUGCAGUUCCAAGGGAACAAGUUCACUCUAUCUCACAGUCAGCUGCGACAGCUCACAGCGGGACAGCCUCUGCAGCUGCAAGGCAGCGUUCUGCAGAUUGUUUCAGCUCCCGGGCAGCAAUACGUACGUCCCCAGGCUCCGGUUGUGAUGCAGACGGUCUCUCAAGCCGGGACCAUUCAAAACGCUCUGAAUGCUUUGGGAAAUCAGCAUCCGGCCAGCAUGCCAGCUUCAGCAAUGACCCCUCAAAGUAGAACAGUGGGUACUAAUUUUACUUCGGGGGACUCCACUGCCGCCUUGAAACCUGGCCUUAUCCAUGGAGGACAUUCACAGGAAUCAUUCGAGGAAAAGAACAGGCUUCUAAAGGAGCGCCUGGACCGGCUGUUUUCCUGCAAUGAGCGUCGCUGCUCCAGGACACCCAUCUACGGCCGAGACCUCGUGGGGGUGUGUUCGGUGACGACCAGCAGAAAGGCGCCCCCUCAGUUUUCCACCACAGUCAGCCAGUGGCAAUGGGCUGGCUUUGCCAACUGUUGUGUCUCUUUGAACGGCUCCGGGGACCGCAGCGACCCGCUGCGGGAACUGGUGCGGACUGUGGAGCGGCAGCAGAAUUCCCUGACGGACGCUGUGAACAGGGGACUCUGCGUGCUUCCAGUGGCUGUGGCUGCUCCUCCCUCCUUGCACGUGGCAAAGCUUCCCGCUCUGUACAGCCACCGGAUGAAGCUGCUCAGAUGCCGUCUGAAAGAGGAGGCCUUUCCUUACAUACGUCGGCUGCGGCGGAUCGCCGCUCCGCAGUUGCUUCAGUUUCCUGACCUCCGGCUGGUGCAGUGUGACGCAGGGAAGCUGGAAGCGCUGGCCAUCUUGCUUCAAAAGCUGAAGCUGGAAGGGCGUCGGGUGUUGAUCUUGUCUCAGAUGAUUCUCAUGCUGGACAUCCUGGAGCUGUUCUUGAAUUUCCAUUUUCUCACCUACGUGAGGAUCGAUGAAUAUGCCAAUCAGGAAGAGCGCCAGGAGCUGAUGAAGACGUUCAACAGGGACAAGCGCAUCUUCUGCGCCAUCCUGUCCUCCCACAGCCGUUCCACAGGGGUUAACCUUGUUGAGGCCGACACCGUGGUGUUCUACGACAACGAUUUAAACCCAGUGAUGGAUGCCAAGGCUCAGGAGUGGUGCGACCGAAUCGGCAGGUGCAAGGACAUCCAUAUCUACAGGCUUGUCAGUGGGAACUCAGUAGAGGAGAAGCUCUUGAAGAAUGGCACGAAAGAUUUGAUCCGGGAAGUCGCUGCUCAGGGAAAUGAUUACUCAAUGGCCUUUUUAACACAGCAAACGAUUCAGGAACUCUUUGAGGUUCACUCUCCGAUGGAAGAUUCUGGCUUCCGAGUUAAAGCGGAAGAGUUUGUGGUGCUUUCCCAGGAGCCCUCCCCGGCGGAAACGAUCUCUCCCAAAGUCGCAAGGCCUUUCAUAGAGGCUCUCAAAAGCACAGAGCGAGAAGAAGAAGAGGGGGAGCCCCGCAGCUGCGUCAAGAACGUGGCGACAGGAUCGACUUUGGAGCCUCUCGUUUCAGAGUUCGGCAAGUCUCGGUAUCUCGAUGAGCCCUCUCAGCUGCAGGAGCUGGUUACAGUGGUGGAUCAGCUCACCCCGAUUGAAAAGUACGCCUUGAAUUAUCUGGAGCUCUUCCAUAUUUCUUCAGAUGACGGUGAAACGAAAGACAAUCAGACGGAAGUGAAAACUGCAAAAAAGGUAUGGGAGACUCAUCAUCUGAAGGAACUGAAAGAAGAAGAAAAGCGGAUGCUUUUGGAUGGUGGGGAGGAAGAGCUUCUCACCUACACUCGGGAGGAUGCCUAUAACAAGGAAUAUAUCUACGAAGGCCCAGAUGGACAAACGGAAAUAAUGCCACUUUGGACUCCCCCCACUCCACCUCAAGAUGACAAUGACAUAUACAUCGACUCCGUCAUGUGCCUGAUGUACGAGACCACCCCAAUCCCCGAAUCCAAGCUGCCUCCCGUGUACAUUCGGAAGGAGCGCAAACGCCACAAAACGGAUCCCUCUGCUGCAGGGAGGAAGAAGAAGCAGCGCCACGGAGAGACGGUCAUCCCGCCCCGAUCGCUGUUUGACCGAGCAACCCCGGGGAUGCUGAAAAUGCGGCGGGAGGGGAAAGAGCAGAAGAAGAACAUCCUGCUGAAACAGCAGACGCAGUUCGCCAAGCCCUUGCCCACUCUCGUGAAGCCGGCGGCAGAGGCUGGCCAAGACAACCCCGAGUGGCUCAUCAGUGAAGACUGGGCCCUGCUCCAGGCAGUCAAGCAGUUGCUGGAGCUCCCUCUCAACCUGGCCAUCGUGUCCCCGGCUCACACACCCAACUGGGACCUCGUCUGUGACGUGGUGAACUCCUGCAGCCGCGUGUACCGCUCCCCAAAACAGUGCCGCAGCCGCUACGAAAACGUCGUCAUUCCAAGAGAGGAAGGGAAGCUUAUGUAUGAAGCGAACCCUAAGAAGAAGACAAAAAGCAUUUAUAAGACAUUUAAUGAAUUAAUCCCUGCAACGCCCCACCAGCCCUUCACUGGUGAAAUUGGGGUGGGGAUGGAAGAAGCUUCCCAGAAUCCCAUGUUUCCAGCACACUCCAGGCUCGGUAUGAAUCCCUUCCAGAAGAAUCCAAAGCACACGUCUGUUCUGGCAGAGAGUGGAAUCAAUUAUGAUAAGCCCCUCCCUCCCAUUCAAGUUGCGUCUCUCCGAGCGGAGCGGAUAGCCAAGGAGAAAAAGGCUCUGGCUGAGCAGCAGAGGGCCCAGCAGCAAGCGGGUCCCCAACAACAGCAGCAGCAACAGCAGCCAGCCGGCCAGCAGCAAGCCCAGCAAGCCGCCGGCCAGCAAGCUCCUCCUCAGCCCCCGGCUCAAGCCCAAGGGGUCCAGCAGCCCCAGGCCGUGGUGCAGACGUCCGCCACCACUGUGGCCAACACCGCAGUACUGGCGGGCACAAUGAAGACGUCAGUGACCGGCACAAGCAUCCAGACAGCGACUGUGAGCGGGAACGUGAUCGUGAACACCGUGCCCGGGGCCCCUGCCGCGAGCUUUCAACCCAUCAACAAACGUCUGGCAUCGCCCGUGAUACCCGGGACGCUGGCGGCUUCUGGAGGUACUGCCACCGCCCAGGUGGUCCACACCCAACAGAGACCAGCCGCCACACCUGCUGCCUCGGCAGAACUUGUGACCAUCGCGUCAACUCCAGGGGUCCGAGCCGUCACUUCUGUGACGGCAUCAGCUGUGGUGACUACCAACCUGACUCCAGUCCAGACUCAGCCGAGAUCUCUGGUCACUCAGGUUACGCCAGCCGCUCCAGCAGGCGUCCAGCUUUCGGGGAAGGCCCUCUCUCAGGCGCACUUCCAGAUCUUGCGGCAGCAGCAGCAGGCGGCAGCGCAAGUCCAGGUCCCCCAGAUCCAGGCCCAGGCCCAGUCGCCAGCCCAGAUCAAAGCAGUGGGGAAGCUGUCGCAGGAGCAGCUGCUCAAGUUGCAGAAGCAGAAGCUGCAGCUCCCCCAGCAGCAGGCCGCCCAGCAGCAGGCACAGGCAGGAGCCCCGCAGCAGAAUGCGCAGGUCCAGGUGCAGCAGCAGCAGCAGCCCCAGCAGCUGACGGCCGUCGCGGCGCCGAGGCCCGGGGCAGUCCUGACGGGCACCACCGUCACCAACCUUCAGGUCGCUCGCCUGACUCGUGUUGCUGCUUCCCAGCUUCAAGCGCAGGGUCAGAUCCAGGCCCAGACGCCGCAAGCAGCCCAGGUGGCUUUGGCGAAACCUCCGGUCGUGUCCGUUCCAGCUGCCGUGGUCUCGUCUGCAGGGGUUACCACACUCCCCGUCACCGUUGCCGGAAUUAGCGUCGCCAUCGGGCAACCACAGAAGGCAGCAGGAGGGCAGACGGUGGUGGCCCAGCCGCUGCACGUCCAGCAGCUCUUGAAGCUGAAGCAUCAUCACCAGGCGUCCCAGCAGCAGAAGGCCAUCCAGCCCCAGGUCACCCAAGGACAAGCUGCCGUUCAGCAAAAGAUAAACCAACAGCAAGUCACGGUCCAGGCGCAGCAGCAGACGUCCCAGCAGCAGAAAGUCGCCUACGCCACGCAGCCGGCCAUCAAAACCCAGUUCCUAACAACCCCCAUUUCUCAGGCCCAGAAAUCUGGUGGGACCCAGCAAGUCCAGACCCAGAUACAGGUUGCAAAGAUUCCACAAGUGGUCUCACAGCAGGCGGCCGUUGCCAAUAUUCAGCAAAUGGUGUCCGUUUCCCAGCAGGUUCAAGGUCAGCCACAGACAGUGACCCUGUCCCAGACGACGGCAGGGCAGCAGCAGGUCCAAGUGAUCCCGGCCACCACGGCUACCGCUCAAGUGGUCCAGCAGAAACUGAUACAGCAGCAGGUGGUCACGACAGCAUCGCCCCAGAUCCAGGGCCCAGGGGUGCCAAACCCGACCCAGGCCCCGGCACCUGCCGACAGCCAAACUCAGCAAGCCAAAGUGCAAAUGAGGGCCCCGGUCCGACUAAAGGCACCGAACAAGCCCAGUUGA